AUGUGAUGAAGUCGAGAAAAUGUACAUGGAGAAUAUACUUGGCAAGUUACCAACCACCCAUGAUGCCUCUGCUGGUAUUGAGAAAGAUAUGUCACAGCUGAACACCAAUACAAAGGUCGAGAGAAAUUACAAUGAAGCGCUGAAUUCAUACAGAUCUAGACUUAAAGCAAAUAUGAAGGAUGCAGUAGAUUUAAUGAUGAAGUGGCCAAAGGCUGACAAUGGUCCAAAUCCAGAGUAUGAGGAAAGCCUAAACCAAAUGAUAAAAUCUAUAUGUGGGGACAACACAAGUUUCAUGAAAGAAUUCAUUGCUGAAUUAAUGGAGCAAAGCAUAGCUGUAUGUGGACCUCCACCCUGUAAAUUCACAAUGGUGGGACUGGGGUCUCUUGCAAGAGGUGAAAGCACCCCCUACUCUGAUCUAGAGUAUCUCUUCCUUACAGAAAAUAAUAACCAUGAGGAAUAUUUCCUCAACCUCCACUUCUACUUUCAAAUAAAAGUGCUCAACUUGGGAGAAACCCCUCUUCCUGUAUUGGGAAUUAAGGGGUCAAAUGACUUCUACACAGAAAAAGAAAAAUUGUCACAUGUAUUUUAUGAUGAUACAACACCUAGCAGGUUCAAGUUAGAUGGCAACAGGCCAUGGGCAUCUAAAUUACCACCUGGUCAUGAGGGAACGGAGAAAAAAGAUCCAAUCAAACUAACUGGAACACCAAAGUACGUGGCUGAGCUUAGCACAAACGAAUCUAAUGAGAAAAAUGGUUAUCACCUGGCAACUAUCAUCUCCACAGCAACCAACAUAAUGGGUGAUGAGGGAUUGUUUGAGGAAUUCAGAAUCCAACUAGCUAGGGU